AUAUGUGUGGAAAAAAAAGUAACAACUUUUUCAGCGGAGCUGCCCUUGCACAAUAGGCUUUCUAUUUAUCCACUAGCACCAAUGCCUCUAAUACUUUUGGACAACAGUUUCAGGGAUAUCCGACUAAGCGAAAAGACAGCUGUCUGUUGAGCUAAAUCUUUGAUAUACAACGGGGCAGAAUGCAAGGACUAAAUGCCAUUUUACUCUUUUUCAUCUUUGUCUGCUGCAUCAGGGGUAAGAAGAUGCGGUGGUGCACAGUGUCGGAUCCAGAACAGAGGAAGUGUGCAGAACUAGCUAAAGCUCUGGUGGCCGUGCUGCCGCCCGCUGCUGUGGCAGCUUUCGCCAGACUCUCAUGCAUACGAGUGUCCAGCACCACCGACUGCAUCGACAGGAUCAGGGCAAAUCGUGCUGAUAUUGUGACGUUAGACGCAGGAGAAGUUUAUUCUGCAGUGAAACAGUUUGGCCUCGUUACCAUCGCCAAGGAGAUAUACAGUGGCGGAGGCUGUAUUCUGUCUGUGGCUGUGGUGAGAAACAGCAGUUUGGACAUCCGAUCCCUGCAGGGCCUUAGGAGCUGUCACAGUGGGUUUAGAUGGACGGCUGGAUGGAGUCUUCCCCUCGGCUUCCUGCUGUCCCGCAACUACCUGAACUGGUCGAAGGAGCAGCCCCUCAGUCGGGACGUCAGUACCUUUUUCAGUGCCAGCUGUGUUCCUGGAGCUGCUGCCAUGGCACCAACUCUGUGUUCUCUGUGCCAAGGCCAGAAGUCCUACAUUCGCCAGAAGAAUUCCCACUGUGAAAUGUCCCACAGUGAGCCCUUUUACAACAGCCAUGGGGCCCUCAGAUGUCUCAGGAGUGGGGCAGGAGAUGUUGCAUUUGUGGACCAUUUAGCCCUUGAAAGUGUUCAAGACAGUGAUGGAGAUGAGUUCAAGCUAUUAUGCACAGAUGGCACACAAGCUCCUCUCAGCCAUUACAGAAACUGUAAUCUGGGUCGUGGUCCAGGAGGCGGAACGGUCACCAGAUUUAACUUUCGCAAGAUUGCUAGCAAAUUUCUGUUGACUGUACAGAUGCUGUUUGGCCAACGAGGGAGAGAGAGACGGCGCUUCCAACUCUUCAACUCAUCUUCCUUUGGAGAAAACAACCUUCUUUUCAAGGACUUGACGGAUAAACUAGCUGUUCUGCCAGAUGACAUGGACGUCAGUCAGGUGCUGGGGCUGGAUUAUGUGGCACUCCUCAAAGGUCUUGGACAUGAAGGGAGCUCACUGGAGGACAGUGUUGUACGAUGGUGCUGUAUUAGCCAUGCAGAGCAGAAGAAAUGUGAGCAGUGGGCUCUCAAUAUUAAGUCAGACCCGCUGGUGUGUGUCCAAGCCAUCUCAAUGCGCGACUGUAUCGAGAAAAUUAAGAGGGAUGAGGUGGAUGCCGUCUCCCUGGAUGCAACUCACUCUUUCAUCGCAGGAAAAUGUGGUCUUGUCCCUGUAGUUACAGAAUAUUAUGGAGGAAAAUGUGUCCUUUCUGAGGGAUCAACCCACUUGGAGACAGACGUGUUGCCCUCAGUGGUGGGUGUGGCAGUGGUGAAGCGCUCCAGCAGAAACGUAUUCAUGGGGAACCUCGGAGGCCGCCGCUCAUGUCUUGGCCACAUGUACAGCCCUGCAGGCUGGCUGCUGCCAUACAGACACACAUUAAGCCUGGAGCAUAACAGCAGCUCCCCCUGUGAUCCAAACCAAGUGUACAACGACGUGUUCUGGAAAGGCUGCCUUCCUGGCUCUCAGGGGAAUCUGUGUAAAGUGUGUCUGGGAGGCACCGUGGAGGCUGCCACCAAACGCUGUGCUGACAACCACAAUGAGCGUUACUAUGGCAACAUGGGGGCAUUAAGGUGUCUGGUUGGAGAUCCCAGUGGUAAAAGCUACGGCGACGUGGCCUUCCUCGAGCAACACAACCUUCUUGCAAACAUCCUCGGUUUAAGUUCCACUGGUUGGGCAGAGGGGUGGACGUCAUCAGACUACGAGUUGCUUUGUGCUGAUGGUCGUCGGGCCCCGCUGUCAGAGUGGGAGAGCUGUAACCUCGGAGACAUCCCACCGAACAGCAUCAUGACGCGAUCAGUGCUCACGGCACGAGUGCACGACUUCCUCAUAAAGUCACAGGAAACUUUUGCAGCCAACCCAAACACAGAGUUCAAGCUCUUUGAGUCUCUGCAAUAUGGAGAAAGUGAUCUGCUGUUCAAAGAUGCAACUCACUGUUUUAUGCACACACGCCACAUGGACUACCGCACCAUCCUCGGAGAGGAGUUUUACAGUCAUGCAGAAACGGUCUUCAACUGCACACACUCUGGUACGACUGUAGUCAGAUACACCUGCUUGAUUCUCAAACGAAUAAUCACAAUACCGCCCACAUGCUAAUGUUUAUAUGUAUUUUCCUUAUGGCAGAUAUCUUGGAGUUUUGUAAUCAGGACGUGUGCAGCAUAUUCUAAUGGACACACAGAGGGGAAAGUUACUUUUCUCUUUGCUACUCAGUGGUUCAACCCUUCAUCCACAAUCUUGUUCCAUCCAAAUCCGAUGUCUGCAAACCAUCACUGGUAUCGCUUCAACGACAUUCUUCUUUAUUCCUUAUUACUAUUGAUACACGUUAAAGGAUAAAGACAAUCAACUUUCAGAUGCCAUUGUAACUUAAAAUGUUGUGUAAUGGCACACAUAUGGGUUUGAAAUUGAUGUGUAGAAUAUGGAUAUGUAACCAUGUGUUAAAUUUGUACAUGCAUCAAUUAUUGGUGUGAGACUGGUAAUAUAAGAUACAUGGAGAUGCCAUUUUAAAUUAAUGUCUAUAACUAUUGUUUGUUAGUCUUAAAGGAGCUCUUACACUUGUUUACAGACUGUUUGACAUUGAAGCUUUGGUUUGAAUAAAGAUAUCCAAACUUCACAGGAAGAACAACUUA